UGGGAUUGCAGUCACUUAUUUUAUUAAAACAAAUGUAUAAAUCAGUGUCUUUGAUACAAAGGAUAAGUGUAUGCUCGGCUCUUGCUGCUGGAUGUAAAGAACAGUAUGCUUACUGUGUUUGCAGCAAAGACAUGGAUCAGUUUUAUUGGGGCAUGUAUAAUGCAAAGAAAACAAGCAUUUACAACCACACAGCCCCGCACAAUGCCUGGGGAUAAAAUAGAGUGAAAGGCAUCUGAACUCAAAGCUGAUCUUAGACAACUCUACUGAUCUCAAAUCGCGGCCAAAAACCAGGUCAUCUGGUGUUUAAUGCAUUGACUGACAUCUCAGUGAAUCCCGGAGGAGCGUUUGUUAGAGAGUGUUCGGCCUGGACUGUAACAGGAAGCUCAACUGCAAACGUUAAGAUGUCGUCGAGGAAAAUAACUUGUCACUCACACUUGAAGUGAUGGAAAUAAUAGAGGAAACAUGCACCAGAAUCCACAGGAAAACGUCCAACAGGCCAAAGUGCAUGAAGAUUUCUGAGGCUCAUGAUGGAGGGCUGGCCAGCGGUGGCCUGGCUCCUGCUGAUGACGAACAUCGCUGAUUGGCUGAAACCCGUCCAGUCACGAGACUUCACCACGAAGGACAUCAUCCUGCUGCAUCCCUCAACUACGCCUCAUCCUGGUGCCUUCAAGUGCUUCACAUGUCAACAAGCUGUAGAUAACUAUGAGUGUAACCGCUGGGCUCCGGACGUGUACUGUCCGAAAGAUACCAGAUACUGCCACACACUCCACAUGAUGGAUAACCAUGGAGACAGUGUGUCUGUGACCAAGCGAUGUGCGACCCUGGAGGACUGUCUGUUUACUGGCUGUGCCUCCAUCACUGGUAACGGACGGGUGUGCUCGUCCUGCUGCGAGGGGAACAUCUGUAACGUGCUGUUGCCGAGGAACGACAGCAGCGCAGUUUUUACCCGCACUUCUCCCCUGGUCAGCUCGAGCAGGGAGCUUCAUCCUGCAGCGCUGAGCUACAUCAUCAUCAUCAUCAUCAUCAUCAGCAUCCUGUUAACCUUAUGAUAUUGUUUUAAAGAACCUGUCAUUUGUGUUUAUUGUAUCCUGCUCAAAUUGAUUAAGUGAACUGCAUCUGGAUGUUUCGGGAACCUGGCCAGGAAGUUCUGAGUUACCUGUCACAGUUUGAGGUUUAAACUAAUAAAAAAGUGAGAACUUGUGUCCAGACCUUUCACUACUGCAACGUAUUCCCUUAGGUUUCCCUCUAAGACAAUUUUUUUUACAAUUCUUUAAAGCUUUUUUGAUAAUUUAUUAUACUACGUUCAAGUUGUAACAGUAUUAAAAAUGACCAUGUUGUUGUUUAACCAUAUCAGUGUGUAUUAUAUAUUAUUUAUACUAAGUUUUGUUAAUAUUAAAUCCAUAUAAUAAAAUCAAUUAUCUCCUUGUUUUUUGUACAUAAUAGGGGUGUGUACAAACUAGAAUUACUGCCUGUGUCAUAGUGCAGUUUACAUGCAUGUCAAAUGAGGCAGUAUAUCAUUUAAAUGUGUUGCCAAGAGACCAGUUUGCACCUUGUCCUAUUAGCUCAUAGGUAAACAUAUU